GAUGCUUCUCAUUGGCUUCAUAUUGCUUUGAUCUAUCACAAAUUUCCAAAGCUAAAACUUGGGAGUCUUUGGACCUGCAGUGGAGAAAAUUAAAGAAAUCAUUAGCCAAGAGCAAAUCAUUGACCAUUUCUCAACAUUCACAAGAGGCAAAAAUCAAUAUUGUGUUAAGCAACUAACCAGAUAUGAACAGUUGGUCUAAAUGACGACAAUAAAAAAAACACACACACACAAAAUUCUGAAACGACAAUAAAAAAAACACACACACACAAAAUUCUGACUUUGGUAUCCAGACUAGAACGUGUAGUGCAAGAAACUUUCUGCCAUAUAAAACAUAAUUGCAGAAGCUUCAAGUUUUGUCAAAAAAAUGGAAGAACUGAAGUUGCUAGGAAACUGGGCUAGUCCUUUUAGUUACAGAGUUUUAUGGGCUCUUAAACACAAAGGGGUGAAGUAUGAGUACGUAGAAGAGGAUCUUUUCAACAAGAGCGAGUUGCUUCUUAGGUGUAACCCAAUCCACAAGCAAAUCCCGGUGCUGGUUCAUGCUGGAAAACCAGUACCAGAAUCCAUUGUUAUCCUUGAAUACAUAGAAGACACAUGGCCUCAAAACCCUUUGCUCCCUCUAGAUCCUCAUGAAAGGAGCGUGGCUCGCUUCUGGAUCAAGUUUGGAGAAGAUAAGGCACCUAUAUUUUACAAAUUCUUUCAUACUGUGGGAGAAGAGCAAGUGAAGGGCACAAAAGAAGCUGAGGAACUGCUGAAAACUAUAGAAGAGAAUGGGCUUGGAGAUAAAGAGUUUUUUGGGGGUGAAGAGCUUGGAUUAACCGAUAUAGCCUAUGGAUGGAUAGCGUGUUGGUUGGAUGUGUUGGCCGAAGCAGCUGGGGUUGAACUGCUGGGACCUCAAAGCUUCCCUCGAUUGCAGGCAUGGGCUGAAAGGUUUAAGCAACUGCCGUUGAUCAAGGACAACCUUCCCGACCGUCACAAAAUGUUGACUUUUUUCAAGUCCCGGAGGGAGAAAAUCAUUGCACCAGCAGCAACCUCUUAGAAGCUAGGACUGGUUUUUUUCGGUGUAUUUUGAUUUAAGUCCUUUCACUAUGCUGAUAUGUUAUUCCCAAAUUUGCAGUAAGAUUUUGAGGAGAAAAAUGAAAAACUAUUAUAUUUGAACCAA